AUGAAGCGGAGGCGGAGCGAUGCAGUCCCCCACCGAGAGCUUCCACACACGUUUUUGCAGGAUCACCCUCAAGUAGAUUUCGCAUUUGACGUCAUCCAGGGUGAUCUCAAGCGCAAGAAAAAGCUCGUGAAAUGCACCCAGCGUCCAGCCAAGGCGAUGCCGCCAGUGAGGCCCGUUCGAGACGGUCUCGUCGUGUCGUUUUCCAAGUCCAAGCGAUUCGAAUACGGCAACGACAAUGCAACUGAAAGUCGAGGGACCGGCAAGAAAACCAAGCCACGUGUCAAGGUCCACACGGAAAUCAACGCAGGAAUUUACGUUCUGCGCAACCACCACACAGGCCACGCCUUUUUUGGAAUGUGCUCGCAAAACUGGGACGACCUCACGGCCGGCACUCACGUACACAAGGCGAUGGUGCGCACCGUUCAGAUGUACGGCCUUGGCGAUAUCUCCUUCCAAGUGCUUCAGCGCAUCCCGACAGCACACGAAUUUCACUUUCGAGAGCUCGAGGAGCUCUUGCAAAGCCGUCUGAUCGCCCACACUCGUCGAGCGCAGCAUGUCCAUGCCAUGCGUGUAUUGCGUUCGUGGCAGCACAGCUACUUUGCCUUAACGUGGCCACGGUUGAAGCGGGCAAUGGAGGAGGAGCAGGUUCUGGAAGGGACCGCCGCUGCUGUCGAAAUACAGAGGAUCGUUCGCGGGUGGCAAGCAUCGACGCGGGUCCUGCGAUCUCGGCGUGAAAUGGCGGCGACGGCAAUCCAAAGAAUAUUUCGAGGUCGAGCUGCCAGACGUCGUGCAACCCGUUGGAGGCACACGCAUGCGGCUCAGCGGAUCCAACGGCUCGGACGGUACUUUGUGGACCGGGUGCGCUGGACUCGAUCGAAGGCUGCCAUCCGAACGCUGCAACGUGUGUGGCGAGGUUACUUGGGUCGACGUGCCAGCGAUCGCAUUCGCCAAAAGCAACGCCAGGAUGCCGCAGCUCAACUUUUGCAGCUCAAUCUGUGGGCAGUCCACUGCUCACGCAAAUGGCGGCGACACCGGCUAAUACGGUUGGCUUCAGAGGCAAGCGUGACGUUGCAAAGACGAUGGCGAGGCGUCUUGGGCCGGCGACGGGCAGCAGCGGCGAGCGCAAUUCGACAAUCGCAUCGGUGUCGUGAGUGGGCUGCGCAAGUCGUGCAGGAGCGCUGGCAUGCAUACCAAGUAUGCAAAUUUCAAUGGGCCAUCGUGAAACUGGUCGCGCAAUGCCGCAGCCAACGUACCCUUCGCCGUGCGUGGCGAAACUACGUGGCUCGCAAGUUCGCCUGGCUAGCAACUCGCAUUCGAGUCGCCACCACCGCUGCCAUCAUCGUACAAAAUGCGUAUCGAGCGUACUGCGUUCGGCAGUUUUACCACGCAUGGUGCCGUGGGUGUCGUCGACAGGUUGCUGCGAUUCGAAUCCAACGAGUGGGACGAGGGUAUGUAGCGCGCGCAGUGCUAGUCCCUCGACGGCGGCGGGAGCUCCUUGAACGCCGGACGGCCAACACUAUUGGGGCUUGGUACCGAGCAAUGAAGUGGCGGCACAUGAUACACGUAAUACGCCGGACGAAAAAAGCAACGCAAAUUCAAGCCGCGUUCCGGAAGCACGUGGCCCGCAAGCGCUUUCAGGCGUGUAAACACGAAUGGGCUCGCGACAAGGCAGCGCUGACCAUCCAAUGCGCGUUUCGAGGACGCAGAGCACGCGACAGUGUGGCAUUCAAGCGGUGGCUUCGGCACCAAGGGGCUUGCAUGGAGUGCGACGAAGCCGUGGCUCAAGUGUUUGCCGUGGCGUACAGCUUGCAACUGUGCACCGAAUGCGCCUUAACACUGGGCCAAACAAUGGACGGCUACGGUGGCCUGGAAACCCUGCCGAUUGAUGUCUACCGCACACGACACCGCCAAGCGACUGCGAUCGCUGCCGCGUACCGUGGGUACGCGGUGCGGCAGAAGGUGAAGCACGGCGUUUGCCCGACGUGCACGGGUCGCGCAAUUCAGAGGGUUUGCGCAUCGUGCAAUCAAUCGUUCUGCCACACGUGUAGCUAUGUCACGCACUCGCUUGUGUACAACCGUCAUCAUAAUUCGUGGACAUUGGCAGAGUUUCGCCGACGGACGGGUGCCGCGACCCGCAUUCAAGCCAGGUACCGCUGCCACUUACAGCUCGACACUGUGGCAACGAUGCGAGCCGACAAGCGGAGAGCCGCAGCCUGCCAGAUCCAAGGCUGGUGGCAUGCAAGGUAUCUCCGUCACGUCGCCUUCGUCGACACGCAGCGUCAAGUCGCCUUGGAAUUGAAACGCGACCACGCAAGCCGUACCAUACAACGCGUGUACCGAGGCUAUUGCGGGCGCGCGGUUGCGUCAAGGAAGCGUGAAAGGGUGGCCGCUGCCACAACCAUCCAAAGGUACUUUCGCGCCAGCGUGGCAAAACAUAUUGCCCGACGAGAGCGCGAACGUCGACGGGCCAAGCGUCGGCAGGACGCUGCUUUGCGUGUGCAGUGCGCAUACCGCCAACAUUGCGCACGCGCAGAGCUGCGGCAGCGUCGAAGGGUUGCAGCCGCCAUCACGAUUCAGUGCGCGUUUCGCGUGUAUGCUGCUGUCAAGACCUUGCAUGCGUUGCAAGACGAGUACGAGCGCAAAGUGCAAGCAGCAAUUUCGCACAUGAAACAGCGCCGGAAGAUUCGAGCAGUGAUCCAGAUUCAGAGCCAGUACCGGCGCCGGCGAGACCUCCGUGUGGCUGUAGCCAAGCGGCUGGCGCGAGCCGCUGCACAACGACUGCAAGCUCUGGAAAUCGCCAUCUUUGCACAGACAAUCGUAGCCACUCGACUCGCGCGGUGGUAUCGUCGUCGCUACGUGCGGUUGAAUGCGUGUGCGCAGACUAUCCAAAACGGCAUGCGCCUCCACUGGGGGCGUCAAGCUAGACACAAGUGGCGUGCUAACCAGCGCGAAAAAGCCAACGAGCGCGCAAUCGUCCGGCUGCAAUGCUUUGGUCGCUCGAUCAUGGCCAAGCGAGAGCUCAAGGCGCUCAAGCUCGGGAUGUGGGUCGAAUGCAUGGACGAAGCGUCUGGGUACUCGUACUAUUACCACACCGCCACGCAAGCCACGACGUGGGAGCGCCCACCGGAGCUGCCAGAAACGACUCAGCAGCGCGAUUUGGAACCCACAACCAGUUUCGGGAACAACGACCACAGCUACCUAGACGAGACGAAACAAGUUUGGGCUCAAGUUUGGGACGAAACAUUCCAAGCUUUCUACUACGUAAACCAAGAGACCGGCGACACCACGUGGACAGCUCCAGCCGAGUGGAGCUCGCCGACCAACCAAGACCAGUCGUAA